GUCAUCUUGCUUGCGGACAGCAAUGCCGGUCUGCAUGAGAAAUCCGACGUGGGCAUCCUAGAGGACCUGGCGCUGCUGCCUCCGCACACGCGUGUGCCGACCCUCUGGUACGACUACAGGACAUGCUGCUACAACAUAGGCUUCCGGGCCUUCUUCGACAGAGUGGGCGCAAACUUUGGCAAGAAGUUGGAUCUGAUCCGUGAUGACGAAUACCGCGCCCUAUCUGGGGAUUUUCGCCAUGCACCGCCGUUCGCUCAGGUCAACUUUCCCAACAGCAACGCCUUGGGAGCGUUUCACCAUCCCAUCUUGGCCCACCUUGUGCUGUGA